CCCCUCGGCCCCGCGGCCCCUCGCCCCCCUCAGGGAUUCAAGCAGGAGUACCACGACCCUCUCUACGAGCACGGCGGCCCUGGCCUGCCCGGCCCCCCCGGCCACGGCUUCCAGCCCCCCAUGGGCAUCAAGCAGGAGCCCCGGGACUACUGCAUCGACUCAGAAGUGCCUAACUGCCAGUCCUCGUACCUGCGGGGGAAUGUCUUCCCCAGCAGCCAUGAUGGAUUUUCAUAUGAGAAGGACACACGAUUGUAUUUUGAUGACACGUGCGUGGUACCAGAGAGGCUGGAGGGUAAAGUGAAGCAGGAGCCCACCCUGUACCGCGAGGGUCCUCCCUACCAGCGGCGUGGGUCCCUGCAGCUCUGGCAGUUCCUGGUCACCCUCCUGGACGACCCUGCCAAUGCCCACUUCAUCGCCUGGACUGGACGGGGCAUGGAGUUCAAGCUGAUUGAGCCUGAGGAGGUAUGGGGGGUCCUGCCCUGGAGCUGGGGAGCGGCUCCUUGCGACAAGCUCAGCCGCUCCCUGCGCUACUACUACGAGAAGGGCAUCAUGCAGAAGGUUGCCGGCGAGCGGUACGUCUAUAAAUUU